AUGGAGGUCCAAGACUGGAUUGAAUCAUCAAUCCGAGCGUUUUUCUGCUUGACCGGCAUUACGGGGAACUUCUGGCUGGGUUUGCGUUCUCUUCCCAAAUCUAGAUCUCAAGUGCGACCCAACGACGUCCUCUUCAUUAACCUGGCAGCGUCCAAUCUGAUCACAAACUGCCUGGUGGAUCUUCCAGACACGCUGGCGCAGUUUCUCAACAGCUGGUUCAUGGGGAAAAACUACUGCGGCGUGCUUCAGUUCUCAUCCGAUCUCUCGGAGACCAGCAGCAUCUUCACCACCAUGUUCAUCAGCAUGUACUGGCACCAGAAGCUGGUGGGCUCCAUCAGACGCGGAGGAGCUCCGGUGCAGAUGGAUAACAUGAGGUUAGUCGUCCUGUUGCUCGCCGGGAGCUGGAUGGUGGCGUUGAUGUUCAGCGUGCCCCACUUUUUCAUCGCGGAGCACGAUGGGAACGAGACUUUGGAAGUCUGCGAAGAGCGUUUCCCGACGCCCGCGGAGAAGAAGUCCUUCGAUGCUCUGUAUCUGAUUCUGGCCAACGUGGUCCCGCUUGUCGGGAUCACGUAUGCGAGCGUGCAGAUCGUCUUGACGCUGCUCCGGAGUCAAAAACGAAUCACGGACCACUCCAAAGGAAGAAAUGCACCACCUACGGAAGAAAACGCGGACAAAAAGUCUAAAGUCGGGAAUACCGUCGCCAACCAGCAGGUCAGAUCCAAUCCGUCUUCGAGCAACCAGAUCCGAGCGGCCAAAAGCGUGGUUGCGGUCGCCACCAUCUUCAUCGUCUGCUGGUUGACUCACCUCGUUCUCCGCAUCUACAGCAGCUUCAGAAACUCAAUCCUGGCUGUCAAACUCACCAAUUUUAUAGGAGCGUCUUACACCUGUUUCGUCCCGUACGUCUACCUGCACGGCGUCAAGAAACUCAACUGCUCGUGGCGGUAG